UCACUCCGGAGCUAGACUCGAAAGCAGCAGGAGUUCCCCGUUGCAGCCAUCGCAGUCCUUGCAAAGCCAGUUUUGCUUUGUUUUUCUGGGAACUUGCAUGUAAAAAACAAACCCAAACCCCCAGCGGCACAGUUUUCCAAAACGCCAUUUUAUACCCACAUGUGUAUAUAUAUUCUUCUCUGCCUUCUUUUUUUAAGGGACUUCCCCUCCUCUUUUUGAUCUCCCUUCCUUUCCCUUUUCUCCGGAUUCCAAGCCUCCUUCUUGGUGGGAAGAAGAGUUGGUUGGAGCCCAGAGCCAUUGCCUGGGAAGGAAAAGUUGUCCUACAGUUUUUCUUCUUUGUUUUGGGGAUCACAACCAGCCUUGCUUUUUGUUUUUGUUUUUCCUUCCUCACAAUACUUUCGGAAGAGCCUGGGAUCUCUUUGAUUAUUACUAAGGUCCAUGAUCGCAUGAGAGAUGGCCAUGGCUUCCAAGCUCCUCCGGGCUGUCGUCUUGGGACCCCCCGGCUCCGGCAAAGGGACGGUGUGCGAGAGGAUCGCCAAGAGUUUUGGCCUCCAACAUCUCUCUAGUGGACAGUUCUUGAGGGAGAACAUCAGGGACAAGAGUGAUGUUGGCAUUCUGGCAAAGCAGUACCUUGAAAAAGGCCUUUUGGUACCUGAUCACGUGUUCACACGUGUCAUGAUGACAGAACUGGACAAAAUGCGGAGCCAGCCUUGGUUACUUGAUGGUUUUCCUAGGACCCUGGGACAAGCUGAAGCACUUGACAGGAUAUGUGAACUGGAUCUAGUGAUAAGUUUAAACAUCCCAUUUGAGACCCUAAAAGACCGUCUAAGUGCUCGUUGGAUUCAUCCGGCUAGCGGGAGAGUGUAUAAUAUGGAAUUCAAUCCACCUCAUAUACAUGGGAUUGAUGAUGUUACUGGUGAGCCAUUAAUCCAACGGGAAGAUGAUAAACCUGAAGCUGUUGCUGUCAGGCUAAGAAAAUACAAAGAUGCUGCAAAGCCUGUUAUAGAAUUGUACAAAAACAGAGGAAUCCUACACUCAUUUUCUGGAACAGAGACCAACAAAAUCUGGCCUUAUGUUUACACUCUUGUGUCCAGCAAAAUUCCUCCCCUCCAGGCUGAAGAGGCAAACUAAGCAUCUCCAAAAGAGGAACAAUAACUGAUACAUUGCGUUCUGGUUUGAUUUUGUUAAUGGUAUAAUCUUCCUGUGCUCUGCCCUUUUGAAAAGUAGCUGUUCUCCCUCGUGUUACUGGAGAAUAACUAUGGAAACAAAUCUUUGAAAGAUUCUAGUUUUCAGCAUAUUAAACAUUUGUUAAUGGACUUCAUGGAAUUAUAAUUGAUUAUGCAGAGGCAGAUAUACCUUAGCAGGUCUGUACAAUCUGUUGUUUGUUCCAUCCCUCCAUACAGAACUAGCACACCUGUAUAGGAAGGAUGCAAUUCAUGAAUGUUUGGAAAUGAUUUAUUUGAUCUCAUCCUCUACACCAAUUUAAAAUUGAACAUGCAGUAUAGUACAUGUAUUUGCAAUGCAACAAGUACUGUGGAAAUUCUAUGAUCUAUGAUCUGCAAGUUUAUUAUUUAAUAAAUGGAGAAUUAAUAUCAGAGUACUCAGAGAAAACCAGUAUUGAAGAACAUCUCUUAUAAAAAUGCUGCUCUAUAAAAAUGGAACUAUUCUUUUUAACUUGGUGGUGUGGGUUGAAGAAUAGUUGCACUAUUUUGUUAAUAGUUUUAUAGCUUUAAAAUCAUACAAUGUUAUAAGCUAUCAAGUAAAGGACAGUGCUCUCUACACAUUUUUGCACAUGCAGAAUUGUCCUUAGUGUUUCCUGGGCCAAUUACUGUAUUUUGAAACCUCAUGUGAACUCCAGAUAAUCUCUGAUCAUAGUAAACAGCAAAUUCCCAUUAUUAUAGAAUGUAAGAAUAUUGUUGCCACAACUGUGGAAACUGCUGUUGAGUUAUACACAUGAUUUACAUAGUAGGUUUGUCUAUAUAAACCAGAGGUGGACAACUGAGGAGGAAACAUGUCCAAUUCCCCACUCCUCCACUACCUGGUGGGCCACACUAUUCUGUUUCAGCAAGCUGGAAGUGAUGUGAUGUGAUUUCCAGUUUUCAUUUUGGCCAAUUUUCAACCAAUUUUAAUCUUUUUUUUUUUCAGGGUUAGUGGGAAUCUAGGAAGCUAGAGUGGGUGAAAAGUCACCCCCAAAUCUGCCUGAAUCAAAUUUUGAGGGGAGGUGUGGAGCUGCACUUAAGGGUCCCAAGGGCCACCUACAGCUCAAAAGCUGCAGUAAACCACCGCAGAAUAUUUCACAUGUGCAAAUAAGGGAGAAAAAAGCCAGGAGUAAAAGACUUACUCCCAGCAUAAUUACACAACUGAACUGAUGAUUUUCAGACACAUCAUGCUUAUCCAGUACUUAUCCCGUGAAGAGCCAGGAAUGCUCCUGUAACCAAACCAUUUCCAGGACUUCCCCAUAAAUGAUUUGUUGCUGGAGCAUUCCUGGAUCUUCAUGGGAUAAGUCCUGGAUGAGUGCAAUGUCAUCUGAAAAUCUUCUGCAUGAUCACGUGAUUAUGCAGGAGUAUGCCUUUUACUCCCAACUUUUUCCCCCAUUAGAUAAUCUCCAUUAUUACAUGCAUUGUGCCAAAGACUUAGUUCAAUUGGUUGGUGUUUGGUGCUUGAUGUCUGUUUAUUGGUUCUGUAUUGCUUUUAUAAUUGAGAUCCUUUCUGUCUUUUGUGAUUGGAUUUUUUUUUAAUUACAGAGGUUUCCUUUUUGUCUAGCUGGCAAGAUUUACCCAGGGGUGGUUUUUUUUUUGUCCGCAUUGGUAAAGAAAGAGCAGUAUCAUGCAAAAAUACUCUUAAAUAACAGAGGAACAGAAUAAUAGAACACAAAAAGCAAUGAGAAUUACUUGCAGAACAGCCAACUUGUACUUAUAAAACUAUAAUAAAAGCUUUUGUGUACAUUACAGAAGCCCAAAUAAUUUUGUAUCAUAUGAUAAUCCAAUGUAACAAAUUACUAUUCAGGAUCCUUCAAAAAGUCCUCCAAAUAAGAAGUUGAUAUAAAGACUGUGAAAGGAAUCCUAUGUAACCCAGAAAACACACGGCGACAGCAAAUUCAGAAUUAUUCAAACAUUUCAUAGUUCUUCAAUUCAACAACAUACAAUUUCCUCUCCUUCAUCAAUGUUGUUUCUUUGUUCAGCUGCAUACAAAUCAAACAGGUAUUUUCCUGUCCUUCACAUAUGUUUAUUUUCUUAGUUCUAGCCUGUAAUUGAUAGUGAAGAAAUGCUCUCCCUUUCCUUGCACCUUGCUUUGUAUCUUCUACUAGCAGUAGACUGAAACAUAUGACAAGCAAGCACUUUAUCUCUGUCAAUUUAAAGAACAAAUUGAAACCCUGCCUACUAUGCAUGUGUUCUUUCUUAGUUGGUCAGUUACUGAAGUGUACUUCUGGAGAUUGUGCAGUGCUAAAUGUGCAGCUAAUCCGUGCAUUGGCCAAUUUUCUGAAUUUUAGACUAUAAACUGAACUGAAACAUUCCAUUUUCAGGAGCAGGGAUUUGAAUUCUUUUCUUUAAGGAACCAGUUUCUUCACUGAGCUGACUGCUGAGUAACUGCUAUGUCUCUGUUAUAAGGAUACCUGGAUUUUACAUAAGGCCCAGAGCUCGGAAAUAAAACAUUACAAUAAUGUUUAAUAAUUACCCACAACAAAUUAUAUAUAUAUAUAUUUAAAAUAAGUUAGCAAGCCAUAAUGAAGAUUCAUUUCAAAAACGACAUAACAAAUCAGAAUGAGGUUACUCUAUUGGUGUGAAUAAUAACAUUUUUUCUAGUUAAAUUUAUUUUUAAAGAACAUUUUAGAGAUGCGUUGGCAGGAUUUUUUAUGCCAUUCACUUAUGCCAUCCCUACCCCCACCCUGGGUAACAAAAUUACAGAAAUUAGGGGCACUCAUGUCCUACUGAAUUUGAUGUGAGAGCCCUAUUGAUUUCAAUGGGAUAUCAGUAUAAACAACAUGGCCUGGAUCCAAUCCAUUAAUUCUUUUCACUUUCUGUAUUUUAUUUUCAUUUUCUUUAAUCAUAGUGUUCAGUAAAUAAAAUAGUAAAGGUUUGCAUUCAAUUAGGAAUUCAAAACUAGUUUAUUUUUAAAAUGAUGAACCAAAAAUAUUUGGGAGUUAUCCUAACCCUUUAAAAGGUCUUGAAGCCUGUUCUUAAAAAAGAAGAAGCCUAUGCUUUGCAGUAGCUGGAGUGAGGGUCAGAUCUACUUGUCAGCCUGGUAGAUUUCUGUUAAGGUCCAAAUCCUGGGCGUCAUGGGAGCCUGGAGGGAAUUUACAUCCAGUGGAUCCAAAGCUGGCCCUUAAAUGCUCAGAAUUAGAGACAGUGGGGAAAGUGGUGGGUCUCUACUACUUGGUAAGGGUGGCCCCAGGAAUGGACUGGCAUCCCUGGACCAUCUGAAGCCUCCUCAGAUGUCCAUCUGAGGGAGACUGGCAUUGUAUUGUGGUUUGUAAUAUUUGACAGGUGCUGUAAAUCUAUCUACUUUGAUUUUAGUCUUCUCAUGUUGUCUUAUUUUAUACUUUAUUCAAGGAGGAUGAAGAGGAAUGUAUUUUGGCAGGAGCCAGAGGAAGGAAACACUCCUUUCUGCCAAGUCUCUGCCACUCUGGAAAGGCUUGAGGGAUGCUUUCCAAGGUGGAAGGGGUGGAGGAAAGGAGUGUUUCUUCCCCCCCCCCCGGUGGGGGGGAGGGUUAUUCAUGGUUUUUCCACCUUCACAGUGGUCUUCAUCCCUUAACCCCCACGAAUGUGGAGGGAGGACUGUACUUUUUAACAUUUAUGGUGCAAGAUCAUUGGCCAUAUUUUUUAUUGUGCUGUUUAGCAGCUAUCAAAAUGACUUAACAGAGACCAAAUAUAGUUGAUUACACCAGUUUCCUCUUUGUCCUCUAUACAUUACAUUUCUGUGUUGCAGUUACAAACAUGCUUUGGUAUCGGUGGCUUUUAAUUUUAAACUCUGUAUGUAUCUUAUUAUCAUGAGAAGUCAUGCAGUAUUCAUCUUUUGCAAAUAAUUCAGCCAAAGGGGAACUUCUCUUCCCCACCAUAUGUCAACCAUAGCAAAAUUAUUUCCAAGAUUUGUUUCAUUAAGUAAGUCAUACUUUUUGUUAAAGUAAAAACAUGCUGUCUGAAUUUAGCCUGGGUUUUUCAGAUUAUGUUGCUGUAGCAACACACAAAGCACAGAGUACAUGAUAGACUGGGAAACAGGCUGGAAAUCACUGUUUUAUGGGCUUAUUCUUCCGCCACAACUUGGAGAGGAAGAAUUUCAUAUAGAAAGAUCCAGCCUAAGUACUGGGCUCGUAGGUAGCUUUGUUUUGACUUUUUGCACUUUUAUGAAAAUGGGUUGUGUCACCUCCAGCUAAUGCAACAAUGGCCUGGUUUUUAUCCAGACAUCUCAAAGUCUAUGAUGGGCCUUCCAAAGAUGCUAAUCAUAGAGUUGGAAGAGACCACAGGGGCCAUUGAGUCCAACACUCUGCCAUGUAGGAAUACAUAAUCAAAGCACCCCCAACAGAUUGGCAUGCAGCCUUUGUUUAAAAACCUCCAAAGAAGGAGACUCCACCACUCUCUGAGGGAAAUUCUUUCUAAUGUUGAGGUGGAAUUGUUUUUCCUGUAGAUUGAAUCCAUUGCUUGUUGUCCUCGUCUCUGGAUCUGUGUAAAACAAACCUCUUCUCUCUUCGAUAUGACAUCCCUUCAAAUAUUUAAACAUGACUAUCAUGGUCCCUCUUAACCUUCUUUUCACCAGGGUAAACAUUCCUAGAUCCCUAAGCCACUCCUCAUAGGGCAUGGCUUCCAGAUCUUUCACCAUUUUGGUUGCCCUCCUCUGGACAUGUUCUGGCUUGUCAACAUCCUUCUUGAACUGAUGUGCCCAGAACUGGACACAGUAUUCCAGGUGAGGCCUGACCAAAGCAGAAUACAGUGGUACUAUUGCUUCCCUUUAGACACUAUACUUCCAUUGAUGCAACCAAGAGUCAUAUUGGCUUUCUUGCCUGCCACAUCACACUGCUGACUCAUGCUCAGUUUGUGGUCUACUAAGACUCCUAGAUCCCUUUCCAUGAACUGUAAGAGGCUUUGAAAAUCCUGUACAGUAUUUAGAUACUAUGGAAGCCUACACAGGUAGGAGUGUUUCCACUAGCUUUUCUCUGUGACUAUUCUGCUAGAGUAUGACCAUCUGUGAUCUUAAGAUGGCCAUCCUUUAUCAUAAUAUUAAAAUCUUAACAUGAUUUAACAGCUGAUUUAAGCAGCAGGUAUAAAAUAAAAAGCAACUCAUUCCCCAUACAAUGCGUAAAAUUAAAGGAGCACUGAAUGUGAUAUAUACACAUGAAAGAAAAGACCAUCAGUGGUGAGAAUGUAUCAUAGGAAGAGCUAUUGUUCUUCCUCUAACAGUAAGAGGUGUUGCUUGGUCACACUCACUGUCUAGUAUAAUCAGGGCUGGAGGUGAGAAAUAGCCUCUCCCCAGCUUUGAGGCUCAGAGACGCAGUCUCAGGAAGCCAUCCUUGUUCAGUGAUGUUUUGGUGGGUUGACCUUAAGGAUAUUCUUUUAGUCAUUUGUACCUCAAUCACUCCACUCUCAGGAUGGCAAAUGGGCAUGGGUGCCUUCAAGGAUGCCCUGCAGGAUUUGUUUAGCCUCUGGCACAUGAGAGGAAACUUCUUCCCACACAGUUGAAGUUUAUUUCAAAAGGCAUUUAUGUCAUAUUUUCACUCAUUUCCUUUUUUUCUCUUCAUGCAUUUUCAAGCAAUUUGAUCUAGGUCAACUCUCUGUGAGAGCCAAUGUGAGGUAGUGGUUUCAGCACUGGACCAUGGUUUUGGAGUCCAGGUUGGAAUCCCCACUCAGCCAUGGAAACCCACUGGGUGACCUUAAGAAAGUCACAAUCUUUUCAGUCUCAGAGGGAAGCAAAGGCAACCCAUUCUCUGAAUAUGUCUUGCCAAAAUAACCCUAUGAUAGGAUCGCUUCAGUGUCACCAUAAGUUGGAAGUGACUUGAAGGUACACCACCACCACAACAACUGCUCUGUCCCCUGCUUUCCCGUACUUACACAUACAUUAACAAUUACAUUUAGGAGGUCAUAAACAUGGGGAAGGGGUCACUAUUCUAUGCCAUUUGCUGAGGAUCAUGGGUGCUUCUGGAGGGAAAGUAAGGAUUGUAGUCUGGAUUAUUAUCUAUGAUCCUAUCAUUUUAAUUGUUUUGCAACUAUAACCAAUUUUGUUGUAUAAAGUUUUAAAGAAACAUAUUAGAUGUGUACAAAAAUUCCAACAAGUCUGUAAACAGUAGGAAUGUAGUACUUGUAACUUACAGCCUUUCCUACACUUUAUCAUUUUCUGACUGCUUAUUUUUAUAUUGUAAGCCACUUUGGACAGGAACUGUUUUGUAGAUCUGCCCUUUUAGUUUAAGCACUACACAAAUAUGUUGGGGAUUGUUCUACAGAAAACAGCAGGGCGAGUUUCAGUUGGAAGUAUAAAAUCGGAUAAUUUCUGUGCAUGCACGUGCUAAGGGAUGCUCUUUCAAUAGCACUCUGCAAAAGGCCUGAGAAUUUUAUUUAAAAGCCAUAGCAAUUUCAGGUCAAGAAUUCAUAUUUGUAGCACAGGUACAAAAAUGGUCAUUUGAAAAUAAUGUCUGAAAUCCUGUUGGUUAGUUCCAAUGACAGUAGACACAUUGAAUCAAUUACUGAAUAGCAAGUCAAGUCAUAAAUAAAUCCAGAUGAUGCAGAGGCUCUCCUUUUACUUUUGGCAACGAUGGAGUUAGGCCAUUAUAGUGAUACAUGAAUUUUCUACCAGCUACAUAUUUAACAACAUUCCUUUUUUCUGAUGAUCUGAAUAAUUCAGAAAAAGCACUCCACUCCAAAACUACCCAAAGCUUACUCUGUUUUUAUUAUAAUGGUCUUAGCUUUUUCCAAGAAUCACAACCCUUUGUAAUACUUUGCAAUUUUCAAUUCAUUAUAUUGGCACUUUACUGUGAAUGUGAUACAUUUUCUAAAGUUUAUGCUGCUGCUUUGCUUAUAAUUGUAUUGAGAGGAAAAUAGUUCUUUGGUUAGCCAAUUAUUUUAGGGAAACAGUUUUUGUAAGUAAGCAGCUUACUGAGAGAAACUGGAUAUUUUUUCAUCGUCCGAUUCUACAACUGUUGUUACUAUUUGAUAUAUGUAAAUAAAGGUAACUUCAACUUCA